AUGCAGAACGGAGAAGAGAUGAGCCCGCUAGCGCAGGACAGCAACAACGCCGGAGGGCCGGCCGCGGAGGAAAAGGAAAAGAGCCAGACACGUGGGGGUGUGGAGCCCUCAGCUCCGCCGCUGCCCCCCUCAGACCCACCUCCGCCUGGGCCACCCGAGUACCCAAGGCCCAGGCUCGUCUUCCACACCCAGUUGGCCCAUGGCAGCCCUACAGGCCGCAUCCAUGGCUUCACCAAUGUCAAGGAGUUGUAUGCCAAGAUCGCUGAGGUGUUUCAUAUCUCUCCCUCGGAGGUACGGUAGGCUAGGGUAUUCUUUGUUCAUUUCUGCUGACUGGUUAGGCCAAUACAGUAUAAGAUCUGAUCAUUUGGAUGUUCUGCUUUUAGGUCAUGCUGACAGUUUGAAUGAAAAUGUAAUAUCUAAAUGUUUCUCCUUGUUUGGUUAAGGUUGAUUGACUAUUUUCGUCUCAAAUUAGACCUGUUUCCAUGAUGUACUACGCAAUCAUUUGCUCCGGAUUAUGUUCAGUUUGAAGGACUUUGAUCAUUUUGACUUUUGAUCAACUGUCACGGAUUAAAUACAAAUAGUCAGUUUGAAAAUAAUUCAUAAAACAUUUCCAGAACAUUCCAGAGCCGAAUUCUGAGUGACAGGUGCAGAGUUUGUCAAAAUGAGUGGUUGCUGAGUUGUUUUUUUAGUAACUAAUGCAUGCUUUUAACAUCGAACAUCUCCAAUGUGAGGAUGACCUUCUAGUAAUGUCGUAAAAGCAGUUGGAAGACACACACAAAUUGUCCUUGAGCGAAAUCUACUGAUCUGGCCUAGUGAACAACCUUUUAGUGGGUCACGGCUGUCCACACUGCAACCUGUUGCUGUCUCAAUGCCAUCACAGAUGACAGAAAGAUAAGGGUGAUCUAAGGUUGGUCAGUAGAAUUAUAUAAUAUAGUUUCAAGAACACAUUUGAUACUAUAACACCGUAAUACAGAAGGUUCCUUUUUUGGGGGGGAGGGGUUGUUUGUCAGUGUUCCUAAUAAUUCUGUACUUUGUAUAUGUGAUAUUAUAGCAGGCUCUUUGUAUUUAAGGCAUAUUAGUGGGAGUACACUGAAAUGUUCAGAAAUGUCUUCAUUUGUACCCUGUAGGCCACUGAUGAUGCAGAAUUAUUUAACUAGGUUAUAAAGCUUCAGAGGCUAAUGAAGACUAAGUCACAUCUGUCUAACUAGUAUCACACUAUGUAAGACCAGCCUCUCUUUCUGUUUUAUGUCAUGUUGAUGGUUUAAUGUUGUAUUUUGCUCAGUGCUCUUGAAUGCUAAACACAUUCCAGCAAAAAGGCCAAAUAAAAAAGUGAACAGUAGAAAAAGAGCACAAUCAUAUUCUGAUCAUAUUCUGAUUCUAUUCUGAUCAUAUUCUGAUUCUAUUCUGAUCAUAUUCUGAUUCUAUUCUGAUCAUAUUCUGAUUCUAUUCUGAUCAUAUUCUGAUCAUAUUCUGAUUCUAUUCUGAUUCUAUUCAGAUCAUAUUCUAAUCAUAUUCUGAUUAUAUUCUGAUCAUGUUCUAAUCAUAUUCUGAAUAUAUUUCUAAUUCUAGGGCUUUGGACAGGACAGACCAUGUGCUCUUUGGCAUAAAAAAAAGAAAAGUCAGCAAGCUGGCAGCAUUUCACAUUACAACCUGCAAUAAAGCUGUUGUCUCACUUUCCACCCAGGCUUAUUUAUGCCUGUCCUUGAACUAGUGUCAAUGAUAACCAGCAAGGCUGAGACAAGAGUUUAUACCACAGGAGGUUGGUUGUACCUUAAUUGGGGAGGACGGGCUCGUGGUAAUGGCUGGAGAGGAAUCAGUGGAAUGGUAUGAAAUACAUCAAUCACAUGGUUUGAUGCCAUUCCAUUCGCUCCAUUCCAGCCAUUAUUAUGAGCCGUCCUCCCCUCAGCAGCCUCCACUGAUAUAGGUAAGAAAUGACCUACAGGUAACAAAUGACGUACAGGUAACAAAUGCAGAACUGAGAGAGAGUAUAAAAGAGCAGGGGUGGCAAAUCCAGAAGGAUCCAGGAAGUGAGUGCAUGCUUUUAUUUCUGUCCCCAAAACUAGCAUUAAACUAACAGUGUUCAAGAUUGAAAACUAUGAUUAGCUGACCACUAGGUGAAUCCAGUGUGUUAGUGCUGGGCUUGAUAUAAGCCUGAAUAUACGGUGGCUCUCCAGGACCAGGAUUGUACUGUCCAGAUAAGAUCACAAAAUGGCCACAUGAAGUGCAGUCUCUUUGGUGAAUCUAUGUUGCAACACUGCCCUCUGCUGUUGAGAUUGAGAAGUAUGACAUGGGAAUCAGGAGAGGUUUGUGAGUCGUGUUAAAGGUUGAGUGUAGUGUAGGACACAAUGUUUGCGGAAUGGUUUCAAUACAGCCAGAAGAGGAUGGAUGGGCCACCCCGCAGAGCACGGUUACUCUCUAAGGUUUCUUCCUUCUAGGAAGUUUUUGUGCCAAUGUUCCUCUGCUUCUGCUUUUGCUUGCUAUUUGGGGUCUAGGCCAGGUCACUGUAAAAAACGACUUAGUGACAACUGCUGAUAAUAAUAAUAUGCCAUUUAGCAGACGCUUUUAUCCAAAGCGACUUACAGUCAUGCGUGCAUACAUUUUUUUGUGUAUGGGUGGUCCCGGGGAUCGAACCCACUACCUUGGCGUUACAAGCGCCGUGCUCUACCAGCUAAGCUACAGAGGACCACUGAUGUAAAAAGGGGUUUAUAAAUACAUGUGAUUGAUUUAUUGUUUGACAAGAAAACAAAAAUCUUUGUUCUUAUUGGGCAAGUUCAGUUAGUAACGUUUCACUCUGUUUAAAACCUUUUCUCCCUACUGAACACGACCCUGUCAUCUCCUGUGAUGUUAAAGACCCUUCUUUAGAUGUCAUUACAUUUUGCGGAGCUACAGUAUUCUUCAUUUAGAGGAAUGUAGGCAUAUUUACUGAAUUAAGAUCAAAGCCAUUUCCAUUCAUUCACACCACUUCAGGUUGUUCCAUACUGCUGUGACUUAACAAGUUCAGGAGGAUGACAGAUGAACAUUUUAAUGAUUCUUCAUUUGAAUGGGAUGACAAUCAUUCAUGUUCCAAACUACCCUCAUGUAUUGCCUUCUGACCAUUGCUCCUCUCUCUCUUCUCUGUGGGCAUAGAUCCUUUUCUGCACUCUGAACUCCCACAAGGUGGACAUGCAAAAGCUGUUGGGUGGUCAGAUCGGCCUGGAGGACUUCAUCUUCGCCCACGUCAGGGGCGAGACCAAAGAGGUGGAGGUCACCAAAACGGAGGACGCCCUCGGGCUGACCAUCACUGACAACGGAGCAGGGUAUGCUUUCAUUAAGGUAAAAGCCAGACCUAAAGUAAGUAAGUAAACCUUAUCUGAGUCAGAAUGUUCCAUAGACGUAAAAGCCAGAGCUAAAGGCUAAAUUUAAAGGUCAGAGUAAAAGGCCAGUUUUUAAGUGAAGAGAGAGGUCAUGUUCCCCUGCUCAGACGUUGCAUGUAUCAACCAAUGGUUAUGUGCCACGUCAUCGACUGUGCAGUCUGGCACCAGAUUGCUAUAACAUGAUGUGGUUAGCUGAUGUUUAAAAUUCCUAUCCAGGCGUUGUAAGUUCUGACAUGAGUCAGCAGCGCCUGGGCAGAGGAAGUACCUAGAACCAGAUUGAAACAUUUAAGGAUUGUGACAUAUUUUAGCAGAGGGAAAUUCCAAUACGAUGUGGCUGUGCUUCCAUGACGCUCUGUUACCUUACCCUUCCUCCAAACUAUGGUAACAUUUGUCACAGAGCAGACUCAAGGUUGACUUUGAGGUGAACUGUAUUUUAGCCUACAUGAUAAAGGCCUAUCUGUUCUACACAUUUUAACCACAAAACAACAACGAAAAACAGUCAAAUCAUUUUGCUUCCCACCUGACUGAAGUUUCCCUGUAACAUUCUCCCGACUUAUGCUUAAGUAAUAAAGCCCGAGGGGAUGUGGUAUAUGGCCAAUAUACCACGCCUGUGGGCUGUUCUUAUGCACGACGCAACGCGGAGUCCUUAUCCGUGGCAUAUUGGCCAUAUACCACAAACCCCCGAGGUGUCUUAUUGCUAUUAUAAACUGGUUACCAACGUAAUUAGAAGAGUAAAAAUAUUUGGUAUACGGUUUGAUAUAGCAUGGCCUUCAGCCAAUCAACAUUCAGGGCUCGAACCACCCAGUUUAUAAUGAUGAAUAUGUAAUAGUGUAGCCUAGAUACUUGUCAAGAUGUCAACAUUUAAUAGAAUAGGAUUAGGUAGAUGGACUACCUCCUACCCAAACCCUGUCUGUUUCUUCUGCAGAGGAUAAAGGAAGAUAGCACCAUUGACCAGCUCAAGACAGUAUGCGUGGGUGAUCACAUUGAGGCCAUCAAUGACCAGAGCAUUGUCGGGUGUCGGCACUACGAAGUGGCUAAGAUGCUAAAGGAACAACCAAGGGGAACACCCUUCACUCUACGAUUGGUGGGGCCCAAGAAAGCCUUUGGUGAGUAA